AUGUCCACCAACGAGGUGCAUCCACGGACAGCCUUGCCCCAUAUCGACAUCUAUCAAUCCGACUGCCCAGUUUGGGACCACUGUUAUACAGUCGCAUACGAAGAUAGGGUCGCGUUCGCAUUCUGGCAGGGAUCACCACGUACUGGUGGCGCCCUUGUUCUAGACUGCAUGGAAUCGAAAAUUAUCAUGCCGUAUAUGCUAGCGGCCGACGUCGCAUUCCUGUCGAGAGAUGAAGCUUUACUACUCUUUAAUGGAGAGGGAGACCAUGGGAUAUCUAUCGCAAUAUACUCAUUCCAGCUUCAGCAAAUCACCUGUGAAUGCCAAUUUCCUUUCUCAGAGUCUUCGUCCCUCGCACUGUUCUUAACUCGACCGGACUCACGCUUUGGGGACGACUGUCCAUCUUCCAUCGCGAAAAGUCUAUUACCUGACUCAGAGACAAACAUCCUCGCACUGACCAUCCAAUUAGAGAGCCAUGGACGCCCCGCAUGCUGUGUUCUGUCCGUACAAAUGCUCCGUCAAAUGUGCAAUUCGCUGUUGGGGAAGAAUCCAGAUCGAAAUGUUUUCAGAUGGGAAGAAUGGGGACCUACAGUCACCCGAUGGCUUCCUUAUCAAGUUAUAAAUGCAACAGGAAAUCGAAAUAUCUUUGGAUCCAGAAUGAUUGCAUGGGGGAAUCCGGGGUAUCUCCACGAAGACUCCUAUGACGAAACAUGCUUGAUACUCUUGGACUUCAAUCCAAGGCCAAUCAAACGGGGUGCAACUACGCGUCUCGAGGAUUACCAUGAGAUAGUCAUUGAUAAGGAGACGACGUGGAAGAACCCACAGGACGGAACGCUGAUCGCUUCAAGUCUACCCUAUCGGGCGUUUACUAGACGCUGGUUUCCUCGCUGCUCAUAUUUUCGCUUUGACGGUGGCACCAUUAUAGGCAAAGGAGUAAGCGCUUUCUUUCGAUGCCAUUACAUGGUUUCAUUCCUAACGUUUCCUCAAUCCCAGUGGGACAAAUACCAUUUCUACUCUUUCUUGCCAUUAGAAUCAAGCGAGGAACAGGAAAAAGAAGAAUCGGGAAUUGGGAAGGAUGUUGCCUAG